CAAUCGCGCACACACAAAACACAAACAAAAGAGAGAGACCAAGAAAGAAUGCUCUCUUUGCUCUCAUAAACCUCAAGCCUUGCAACAAAAACCAAAUAAAAUAAAAUUUCUUUCAUUCCCAAGCCCCUCUCUGUCUCCUCCUCUUUGGCCUCAAUCUCCACUUCGAGUUCUCCCCCAUUUUUCAAUCGAUGAUUCUUAUAUAUUAGAGUCUCAUGUAGGAUGCUAUCAUAUUUGAUCAGUGGCUAUUAACCUGGAAGAUUGGUUUGCCUGUGCUCAGAGUUUCUAUUGUUAAAGUGGUAAUUCUGAUCCGAUUGUGUGGUGCAUGCCAUGUGCUUGUGUUAAUUCUAAGUAAUAUACCCCACCAUGGCCCUUGAAGCUUCUAAUCAAAGAGAGCUUCAACCCAGUUCAUUCAGUUUGGAUGAUAUUGAGUUAAAUAUAAACUGGGAAGAUGUAACUUGUCCUAUAUGUUUGGAUUUCCCCCACAAUGGUGUACUCCUUCAGUGCUCAUCUUAUGAGAAAGGGUGCCGUCCUUUUGUUUGCGACACAAACCACCUACACUCCAAUUGUUUAGACCGCUUCAAGAGUGCAUAUGGUAUGUCAUCUCCUACAAAAUCUGUUGUGAGUCCUGCAGAAAAUACUGAGCCAAAGGCAUCAGAAGACGAUUGCAAGCCUACUUGUCCCUUGUGUAGGGGGGAAGUUAAUGGGUGGGUUGUUGUUGACAAGGCUCGUGUACAUCUGGAUGUGAAAAAGCGUUGUUGUGAGGUGCAUCAAUGUAAAUUUAUGGGUUCGUAUUUGGAAUUACAAAAACAUGCUCAGCUGGAGCACCCUCAUUCUCGUCCUUCAAAGAUUGAUCCUGCUCGGCUGCUUGAUUGGGAAAAUUUCCAGCAGUCCUCUGAGAUCAUAGAUGUUUUGAGCACUAUACAUUCAGAAGUCCCUCGUGGGGUGGUUUUAGGAGAUUAUGUGAUUGAAUAUGGUGACGAUGAGACUGGAGAUGAGUUUGAGGACUUCCAUGGGGAUGAACGCAACUGGUGGACCUCCUGCAUCUUAUAUCAGGUUUUUGAUAACUUGAGGAAUUCUAGAAACAGAAGAAGGUCAAGAGUUGCUGACACAAGAAGAGGAAAUCGCCGAGCAAGUUAUGAUAAUUCAAAUUCUGAUGAAGGUUCUGUGACAUCUGUUGAAUUCCCCGAGUAUAGGGCAGAUGAGACCGAUGACGAGUUUAUGAGUACAAGUGGCUUCUCCAGAGGUGGCUCUAGUCAUCGCAGUUCUCGUAGACGUCGUUCUCGCUUCUAUGACAAUUAGGGCUCAAGUAGAAUAGAAGUGCAGGAAAGAAAGAAGGAGAUCCAUCGGAAGACGCCGAAGUGGAAAGGCACUGGGAUGCUUGCUGUGGAUCUCAUCUUCUUCAGUGGUUUUACAUGUAAAAGAAGCUUACAUCUGGAUUGUAAAUUGCUGAAAUUUGUCAUCAACUUAUGAGAUGUGCUAAUUGGUCAUUUUACAUGACAAUUCCAUUGCCUCCUUUGUUACUUAAA